AUGACCAGCUGCGUUCUUUCCUCCGCCGCGUCCCUCGCUGGCUGCCAAAUUGCGGCUCCCCGUCAACAGCAGACUGUCAGGCGGUCAGUCGCCGCCGUCCGCUGCGAGGCGGCGUCAUCGGAGGACAAGCACGUCGUGUCCCGGCGAUCAGCCGCUGCUUUCGGCCUAGCUGCGCUUCUCGCUGCCAUCCCCGCGUCUUCCGCUUCCGCUAAAGACAUCCCUCUUUUCGGCAUUAGGAGGAAGGCUGUUGAGGAGGAGCCCGCUGCUGCUCCAGUGGCUGCUCCCGCGGUUGCCUCGUCUCCCGCUGCUCCCGUUGUUGCUCCCUCCGUCGGUGUCCCAGUUACGUCAGAGAGCGACAUUCCCGCUGAGACCCAGGCUGUCGCCGUUGCUGCCGUGGAGGUCGUUGCUGUGCUUACCGCUGGCGCCAUCGUCAAGUCGGUGUUCUCGUCCCUGCGGCACGUUAGUCAUAGGGGGAAGGGCAACGGGAAGGGGAAGGGGAAGGGGAAAGGGGUCGCGGAUGGGGGAGGAGGGGGCGCGGAGGGCGAGGGGGAAGGGGGCGGAGGGGGAGCGGAGGAUGAGGAGAUGCGGAAGUUUCUGGCGGAGGUGAAACGGGCAGAGGCGGAAGCAGCUGCUGCGAAACGAGCAGCGAGAAAGAGAGGGCGGGUGGUGGCGGCUUUAGCCCAUGGUGCUGAUGCUGAUAUGGAAGAGGAAGAAGAGGAGGAAGAGGAGGAUGAGGGGGAGGAGGAAGGGGAGGGAGAGGGAGAGGAGGGUGAAGAGGCAGGAGAGGGGAAGGGGGAAGGGAGGAAGGGGCAGGAAGGUGGAAAUGAGGAUGUGGAAAUGACUGCUGGAGACGAACAAGAGCAACGGCAGCAGCAGGGGCAGGAGAAAGGGGAGGGGCAGGGGCAGCAAGGGCAGGGGCAAGCGGAGGAGGGGGAUCCAGCAGAAGGGGAUCAGUUUGAGGAUGAUGACGGCACGACAUACCGAUGGGAUGCCCGCAUGCGCGUGUGGGUGCCUCUGGGGGAAGAAGGAGCAGCAGCAGCAGCAGCAGCAGCAGCAGCAGCAGCAGGAGCAGGAGCAGCAGGGGCACCAGAUGCAGCAGCAGGGUUACCAGGUUACGACCCAGAGCAGAUGGUAUUCGUAGAGGACGAGGAGGUUAUUCCGUCUCUAGACGCUGUCAUUGCUGCUGCUGUUGCUGAGAGGGAGCGAGCAGAGGCGAGCGAGGAGGAGGAGAUGGGGGCGGGGCGAGGGGGGAAUGAGGAGCGUGGCCAACAACGAGCCAAACGAGUGGUGGCCAAUAACGAGCCAAACGAGUGGUUUGAGCUGAAAGUCAAUACGAGUGUGUAUGUCACCGGCCUGCCUCAUGACACCGACGAGGACGAGGUGAGUUGCUGUGCCACUGCUAUAGGCGUGUGGUGGAUAUUCAUAUGGAGAGUGGUGCUUCGUGUCAGUGCCACUGCUAUAGGCGUGUGGUGGAUAUUCAUAUGGAGAGUGGUGCUUCGUGUCAGUGCCACUGCUAUAGGCGUGUGGUGGAUAUUCAUAUGGAGAGUGGUGAUUCGUGUCAGGGCCACUGCGUUUGCCCUUAACUUCUGCUUCUUUUCUCCGAUUCUGGAUCUGGACACGGGCAAGGCACGGGUGAAGCUGUAUCGGGACAAGGCAACGGGCGAGCUCAAGGGGGAUGGGCUCAUCACAUUCCUCAAGCCGCCUUCAGUUGACCUAGCUCUCAAGAUUCUGGACGGCACUCCUCUGAGACUAGGAGACAAGCAGCCUAUGUCUGUGACUCUGGCCAAGUUCGAGCAGAAAGGCAAUGUGUUUGUAAAGAAAGCGAGUGACAAGAACAAGAAGAAGAAACUCAAGAAGCUCGAAGCGAAGGUGCUCGGAUGGGGCGGAUCAGACAAUGCGAAGCACACCCUGCCCAUGACGGUGGCGCUCUUCCACAUGCUCACUCGCGACGAGGUGGUGGUUAAUGUUCCUUGCGGAUCCGACAACGCCAAGCACACCCUGCCCAUGACGGUUGCUCUCUUCCACAUGCUCACACGCGACGAGGUGGUCAAUGACCCCUCACUGCCGGUGGAGCUGGAGGCGGAGGUGCGCGAGGAGUGCGCCAAGAUGGGGGUCGUUGAGAGGGUCAAGGUGUACCCCAAUCAUCCAGACGGUGUAGUGACAGUGAGGUUCAAGGACAAGGCAGCUGCGUUCAAGUGCAUAGAAGUCAUGCAUGGGCGAUGGUGA